AGUCAACAUUGUCAUAUAAUGUGAUCAGUGGAAAAGAACGGAUCGAUAAGUGAUUGAAUCAAAUUUAAUUUAUUUCUGCAAUUUCCAGCAUAAAAAUUGAGAAUUACUUAUUACUCAGUGGUACACAUUCUAACGUUUACUGAGAGGCGAAUCCCUGAGGAUUACGCUGCGUGCUAGUAAUAUGAAAUUGCACAUUUUGUUUCUACUGGCGGCAUCGGUAUGCUUGCUGCAAAAACCAUACGCACUGGCUGAAAAUUUCGAAGAGAACGACUUUGCAGAAUUUGAGGAUUUCGAUGAGGACGAAUUUAUAGUGGGAACGACAACCGGCGACCAACAGUCUGGAAGCAAUGUCCGAGCUGAGAGCAAUUCAGGAAAAUCUAAUCUCAACGCCAACAUAGCUCAAGACGAUGCCAAUGAUUUCGCAGAAAUCGAUGACAACGACGAGGACGAAGCAGUUGUGGAGGAUGAGGAAAAUGAGUUUGAACAUUUCCAAGAUGAGGAGGAGUUUGAAGGUUUCCCCGGUACGACGAAUGAUCAAGAUGAAGUGAAGCUGGCAGAUACGAAAAAAUCUGAACCCAAAUUAACUAUGGCAAAGGUGCCGAUGCACUUCAGAACCCAUUGGGACUCUUACUGGUUGGAAAUGUUGAUGCUAGCUGGUCUGUUGGCCUAUUUUGCAAAUUAUUUGUUUGGUAACAAAAAGAACUCUUCAAUUGCAAACCUGUGGCUGUCGACCCACAAAACUCUGCUGGAGGACAAUUUCAUACUGGUCGGUGACGAUGGCAAGAAGGAGACAGAAUCAUCCACUCUGACCUUCAUUAAGGAAAGCGAAAGCAUCUACACUCUUUGGUGCAGUGGCCGGACCUGUUGUGAAGGAAUGUUAGUGGAGCUUAAAAUGAUCAAACGACAGGACCUUGUAUCGCUGAUUGCCGGAAUAAUGAAACCCGUUCAAGAUCAGUUACAUAUCAAAGUUGAAAUGUCUCCGGAUUCGAUGGACAAUUUCGUAUUCUGUAUUGCCUCUAAGAAGCAAGCUACAAAGCUGUUCAAAGAAAUGAACGAUUUGAGCAAAUUUUGCACUCUAGUCAACAAAACUGAGGAAAAGUACAACAUACCUGGUUACUCAUUGUUAUCGGAGAUUGCCGAGGCAUCUUCCAGCUUGUUAGAUAGUAGACUGAUAGCAGCUUUGAAUAAGUAUUCACAUUUAAUAGAGUAUAUACACGUAUCGGAUCAGUUUAGUGGUCCAGUCCAGCAGGAAGAUCCGAAUACCCUGAAACAGCCCGAAGUCAAGCGUAUUUUGCAUUGCGGCUUUAACAUGCCUGCAAAGAUUGAUAUGGAGGAGUUGAAACCGCUUCUGGUGCUCGUAUUCUACCUAAUGGAACGUAUCAAGCGCUUCCGUUUAUCCAAAGAGGGUAAAUCAAAGUCUGAUAAAAACCGUGCUCGCGUUGAGGAAGAAUUUAUGAAGAAUACUCAUGCUGCCCGCGCCGAAAAAGCCGCACAAAAACGCGAAGAGAAACGCAAGGCCGAAAAGGAGAAGGUCCUGGCCAACGAUGACCCGGAGAAACAAAGACGCUGGGAGGAGAAAGAACGAAAGCGUCUGGAGAAGAAGCGUCCUAAGAUGAAGCAGCUAUCUAUAAAGGCGCUCUAAGCACACGAUGCAAACUGGGAUGGAAAUCAUUCAAUUGUGUUCGGGCAAUUUUCUCAGAAACCUCACACAUCGUUAAGCAAAAUGAAAUUAAUUAUUUAUCAAUAGAAAAAAUCCAUCGUCAUUUUAUUGUAGUUUAUUAGCAAACUGGUUUGUAACCAUGAACAAAUAAAGAGUUUUCGAAUGUCCCGUUCACAAAAUAA